AUGGCUAGCUACAGGCGGAAUAACGCACUUACGUGCCUUAUUUUUCCGUCAAGUUUGGAUGAGUUGGGCCUGAAAUGGUUCGAGAGGAUGCUGGAGGAAAGUAUCGAAAGGUGGCAGCAACUGGCGGAGGCGUUCGUGACCCGAUUCAAGAGAAACACCAAAACACCCAAAGAAGUAGACCGUCUUCUGAGCGUCAAGAUGGAACCGGGCAACUCACUCAAGGCGUACAACGCCACGUAUUGGGAAACUUUCAACGAAAUCCUUGACUGCUGGACCAACUUGGAGAUCACGCAAUACAAGCGCGGUCUUCUAGUCAGAUAUAGACUUCGAGACUCACUCACUAUGAAUCAACUGAUGACCAUGGAAUUAUUGAUGCAGCGCAUCAAUGAACACAUCCAAAUUGAGGAUGAUGCCGCUGCAGCUACCGCGAAGGCAUAUGUCCAGUUUCCAGGUAAGUUAGGUGAUGCACAGAGAGGCUUCAAUCCGAGAUACCGUUACACCUACCAUGGUGAACAUGGCCACCGCACAGAAGAUUGCGUCCCUUUGAAGCAGCAUCUAAAGGAGCUGGUGGCUGCCGGGCACCUAGAUCGCUAUAUAGAUAGCGGCGCUAAGGCCGCACCUCAUGCUCAAGUUGAACCCAACGGUUUGGCCACCCUAAAAGCGUCCCCCCAAGGUGUGGUAAAUGUGAUCCAUGGUAUCGUCGAGCCAACACGAGUGUGCGAGCUCCGAGGGAUGAUAAAAAAAGUAGAGCAUAUGAUGGAAGUCUUGUCAGUCCAGCCUGCGAUUAAAAAUGGCAAAAUCAAGGCGAAAGAUGUGCUCAGCUUUUCAAGCCGAGAUCUUGAACAUAUUCAAACACCGCACAAUGAUGCGUCGGUGGUCACGCUUCACGUCAGGGACUUUGAUAUUAGACACAUUCUGAUCGACCAGGGCAGCUCGGUUGAAAUAAUCUAUUACAGCGCCUUCAAGCAGCUCAAGCUCGAAGAGAAAGAUUUGGCCUCAGCAACAUCGCCGCUGGUUGGUUUCAACUUGCAGCCGGAAUGGCCAGUAAGCAAGAUCAUCCUACCGGUUAAAGCGGGGACCGUCGUCAAAUAG